CAUGGACCUUAUAGCUCACGUGUAUGUUGAUUUCUCUGCCUAGACGACAAACGCUAUCACGCCCCUCAGGAUAUCUAGUGGUAAUGUACAUCGCUUCACACAGCGGACAGACAAGCCCAUGUGUGCGGACAAUAUUCAAGAUGAAGCUUUUAAUAUUGUCGUUAGCUGUUUUAUCAUGCGUGAUAUUUACCAAAGGAUGUGAGCCCCCAGACUGUGACAGAAAAGACUGUGGAUCUUGUGGAAACGCAUGCUGUGCUAUUGAAAUCCACUGGCCGGCACAAACUGAAGACAUUUAUAAAACGAUGAUGGGUGGCUUAACGAACGGUGGACCUGAUUCCCGGUACACUUUUAAAGGGGGUUACGACCUGAGGAAGGAUAAAGCCAAGGCGGAUUUUAUCCUGCAGGGCUGGCAUACAACUCUUAAAAAUCAUUACAACGACACCCUCGAUUUCACCCUGGUGCCAACGAAUGACACGUACUCUAUAGUUAACGCUUUCUCUAUAUCACAAAUAGCCACAGCCUACUGUGACGCCGGGCAGAACUAUAAAAACAUCAUUGCUCUCAUGAAUUCGUUUGGUGUUGAGUACCAAUGGGUCGUUGUCCAUGGGUGUCCUCAGCGGUGA